UUAUUAUUCGCGCCAUUGGGUUCACCCUCAAGAAGGUUCAGCGAUGGCGAUGCUGACGACCUCCGUCCCAUCUUUCUCCCUUCGUCCUCCCAAAUCAAACCUCUCCACUACUUCCGGCGGUGGCGGUUUUUUUCCCCGCGCUGAUAGAGCCGCUGAGUUCUGCCGUCCAGUAGCUAAGUCGAUUGUGCGGUACCGCAAUCAGGGGGCGGUGCUAACCCCGGCUUCCUCUGUGUCUACUGCUCCUACUAUCAUCACUGAUGAGUUGGAAUCGGCGUCGAGCGUGGUGAGGAAAUUCUACUCCGGCAUCAAUGGCCGCGACUUGGCCUCGGUUGAAGGCCUUAUAGCUGAGAAUUGUGUAUAUGAAGAUCUCGUAUUCCCUCAGCCCUUUGUUGGACGCAAGGCUAUUCUAGAAUUUUUUAGGAAGUUUAUUGAUUCUGUUGGACCUGAUCUACAAUUUGUGAUUGAUGAUAUAUCAGAGGAGGAUUCUUCAGCUGUAGGAGUCACAUGGCACUUAGAAUGGAAGGGAAGACCAUUUCCUUUUAGCAAAGGAUGUAGCUUUUAUCGGUUGGAAGCAGUAGAUGGCCAGAGGCAAAUACUAUAUGGUAGAGACAGUGUUGAACCUGCAAUCAAGCCUGGAGAGACAGCUUUGGUUGCUAUCAGAGGCGUAGCUUGGCUGCUGCAGCAGUUCCCGCAAUUGGCAGAACGGCUAUAAUGGAAGCAUUGAAUCUUGUAUAAACUCUUGCAGUGGCAAAACCUGCUGAAUAUGGUGGACUUGUGAAGGAAAUGAUGCUACAUACUAGCUAAUAUUUGUUGUAAAAUUGUUAAUCGGAAUAAUGAAAUUUGUACAUAUAUAAUUUGCAUCUAUAUAUAUGUGUGUGAAAAUCAUAUCUAUUAAGCAGAA